UUGCAAUCUUUCAUCGCGACCGUCCUCAACACCAUCCAUGGGUUAACGGAAAGUGCAGGUGGGGAAAUUUGGACGCUUUCAGAGUUGAAGAGCAAUCGGGCUCAGGAUGGCGCUUGUCCCACACUGCUGCGCUCGUUGGCCGCGUGGUCAGUGUGGACCGCCGCGUUCAGCUUGUUCUUUGCUGUUGCAGUUGUGGUUACGUACAUGCCAUCGGCGCUGUCUUGUCAGGAGAUUUUCAUGGUCGACUAUCUCGGAGUCUAUUCAGUGCUGCCUUUUAUUUUAAUACCGAUCGUGAUGAUGGCUGCCGGUCUGACCAACAGAUGGUCAUGCUGUUCGUCUACGGCCCAUGUGCGAGUGUUUAAUAGCGUCAGCGCUGGCCUGACAGCUCUGCUCUUCAUUGCUCUCCCAAUCGUAUUCCAUCUUCAGGAGCCAUCAGCUACCGUAUAUUUCCUGAUGUUGCUUCUGGCACCUCUGGGCUUAUGCGUAAGUGGCGUACUGCGCAGUCUGUGCUUGGUGGGACGAGUUUAUACGCAACACAUCACUGCCUUCAUAGGAGUCAGUUUUGCCGUCGCCUUUCAUCACCGCACCACUGCUUGUCUUCGCCGUACUCAGAACGAAGUGAGUUGUUCAAAGAAAUUUGUCUUUUCCUUC